GGAAGCCCCUGACUUAAGCCAAGGCUCUGCAGCUGCAAGGCCUCCUGCCAGAGGAGGGGGCCUGGGAACUCCCUUAGCCUCACCCUGAGACUGGGGCUGGUGGCCUCCUGGGGGCAGCAAGAACCCAGGCCCUUUCUGGAGGGACAGUCCUGUUUUCUGAGCUCUGAAGUUAAUGGGACUUCCUCCCGGGCCACCUGCCUCACCGCAACUCCUCCCCUGCCUGGCACCUGUCUGGGCCUCAGUGUCUCACCUGUGCAAUGUGGGCCCUCACAGGGUUAGCAAGGUGGCCUGGCCCAGGAGGUGCUCACAAUGGUGGCCCCUCACAAUGGUUGCCCGGUGACAGGACUCCCCUCAGGGAAGGGAGCUGGAUGCCGGGAGGGACUGGAGCCAGCAAGGCCAGAGUGAAAGCAGAAUGACAACUACUCAGAAACACGAUCUCUUCCCGCCAGAGCCUCACUAUGUCCCUGGCUAUGCCGGCUUCUUUCCACAGCUGCGCUACCAGGUGGGGAACACCUAUGGGCGUACCACGGGGCAGCUGCUCACAGACCCCAGUGUGCAGAAGAGCCCCUGCUCUGUGCUGUCCCCCAUGUCCAAGCCCAAGUUCAUUGAGGACUUCAGCCAGUCCAAGCCCCCGAGGGUUCCCUGCCGAGACCUGACGGAGCCCUACAUCCCCCACUACACCAGUGAGCCGCCAGUGCCCGGCCCCGCACCCGCCUGUGUCCGCCUGCCUGUCCCGGCACUCACAGGCUGCCUUGUUGGUACAGGUCUGAAGCCCUAUAAGAACUUUGAGAUCCUGGGCCAGCUCCCACCCCUGGAGGUGGACGCCCAGGAGCCACCAGGGGUAGAGAACAUACCCAGACAGAUUCUGCUGCCUGCAGGCUUCACGCCCAACCCCCCACACCCUCCGUGCCCGCCAGGCAGGAAGGGAGACUCCAGAGACUUGGGACACCCAGUAUACGGGGAAGAGGCCUGGAAGAGCGCCACUCCUGUCUGCGAGGCCUCCAGGCAGCACCAGCUGUACCACUACCGGAGGGACGAGUACCCACCCCCCGUCCGCCAGCAGGAGACGCUAGAUGUGGGCAGGUUCCAGCAGCUGCCGCAGCUGGACCACCCUAACCUGAUCCAACGCAAGGCCAUCUCAGGCUAUGCUGGCUUCAUUCCCCAGUUCACCUGGGUAAUGGGGGUGAAUUACCGAGACGGCGUCACGCAAGCCAUGGACGAAUUCGACAAGAACCAGUUCCUGUUUAGAAACCCCCACUGUGACCUGGGCGAGAAGCUGCCUGGAACACACUGGCCCAGCAACCACAUCUACAGCAGCCAAGGCCUGAUCCCCUUCUACAUGGGGUUCAUCCCCUCCAUGCAGGACAACUACGCACUGACAUUCGGCAACAGCACCCGGAGGGCCUACUGGAAGGAAUGGGCAAAGCGAAACCACACACUAUGAAAAUGCUUUAAUGGUGGUGUCUGUACAGCAUGGAUGUGGACAGGGAAAACAGCAAGUGCACACAGCGGGACAGGCCACGGGACAGGCUGGGAGUGAAUAAAGAGUUCACACUGCUUCCCUGCUUUCCCCAGUGACUGAAGGCUCUAGGCCACCUCCUCCUCAGCCUCCUCCUCGAACUCGCCCUCCUCCUCGGCUGUGGCAUCCUGGUACUGCUGGUACUCGGACACCAGGUCAUUCAUGUUGCUCUCGGCUUCAGUGAACUCCAUCUCGUCCAUGCCCUCGCCCGUAUACCAGUGCAGGAAGGCCUUGCGCCGGAACAUGGCCGUGAACUGCUCGGAGAUGCGCUUGAACAGCUCCUGGAUGGCCGUGCUGUUGCCGAUGAAGGUGGCAGACAUUUUUAGCCCCCGAGGCGGGAUGUCACAGACAGCUGUUUUCACAUUGUUGGGGAUCCACUCAACAAAAUAGCUGCUGUUUUUGUUUUGGACAUUAAGCAUUUGCUCAUCCACCUCCUUCAUGGACAUGCGGCCCCUGAACACGGCGGCAACCGUCAGGUAGCGGCCAUGGCGGGGGUCGCAGGCCGCCAUCAUGUUUUUAGCAUCAAACAUCUGCUGGGUGAGCUCAGGUACGGUCAGCGCCCGGUACUGCUGGCUGCCCCGGCUGGUCAGUGGGGCAAAGCCGGGCAUGAAGAAGUGCAGGCGGGGGAAUGGGACCAUGUUCACAGCCAGCUUCCGCAGGUCAGCAUUGAGCUGGCCUGGGAAGCGCAGGCAGGUGGUGACCCCACUCAUGGUAGCAGACACCAGGUGGUUCAGGUCACCAUAGGUGGGUGUGGUCAGCUUUAGGGUUCUGAAGCAAAUGUCGUAGAGAGCUUCAUUAUCAAUGCAGUAGGUCUCAUCUGUGUUUUCUACGAGCUGAUGGACUGAGAGGGUGGCGUUGUAGGGCUCCACCACUGUGUCUGACACCUUGGGCGAAGGCACCACACUGAACGUGUUCAUGAU